AUGCAGAUUCUGCCGUAUCUCAACGAUUGGCUUCUGUGCGCCCCAUCUCGAGCGCGUGCAUCUCAGGAUAUGCAUCGGCUGCUUGCUCACGCGUCCCAGUUGGGUCUCAAGGUCAACCUGGAGAAGAGUUGCCUUAGUCCUUCUCAGACCACUGUUUUUUUUGGGGUGGCCUUGGAUUCAACUUCCAUGGAGGCUCGUCCAUCUGUCCGCAGGAUAGACAAUAUCCUCCAGUUGGUCAGUCGGUUCAGACUAGGCAGGCGGUUUCCAUACAUCGCCGUCCUGCAUCUUCUCGGCAAAGUGACGUCAGUCACUCGCGUUGUGCCGUUGGGCUUGCUUUCGUUAUGCCCUGUGCAGAGGUGGCUCAACAGCUUUUGUCUGGACCCCCAACUGCUCAGACAUUGCAUGCUCACGGUAACAUGGUUGUGCCUCUGGGCCCUGGCUCCCUGGAGGAACAGGGCUUAUUUGUCCAGGGGUGUCCCGAUGGGAAUGGUGGUGUACCGCAGAGAGGUGGUCACCACGGAUACCAGUUCCACGGAUGGGGGCGUGGUCUGGCAGCACAGAGCGGUUCAAGGGCUCUGGAGCCGACGGGAUCGCUUGAGACAUAUCAAUGUGCUGUAGCUACUGGCAGUGCAUCUAGCUCUGAGGCACUUUCUUCCCUACCUGGAGGGGAGACACGUUCUGGUAUGGUCGGACAACACCUCAGUUGUCUACGACAUCACAUCAGGGGGUACCAGAUCGGCUCAGCUUCUGAAAGUCUCCAGGGAUCUGCUGGAAUGGGCCUUUCCUCGUCUGUCCACUCUGCGGGCAGAGUAUCUACCGGGAGAGCAGAACCGAGCUGUGGACGCACUCUGUCAGGCGCCUGCUCCAGGGGAGUGGUGUCUUCACACUGAUGUGGUGAGCAGGAUCUGGGACCUCUAUGGUCGCGCAGAGGUGGAUCUGUUCACGACGGAAGUGUCAACUCAUUGCCCUUUGUGGUUUUCCCUUACAGGGGUGUUGGGCACGUUGGGUCGGUAUGCAUUUGCUCAUCCGUGGCCCAAGGUGCUCCUGUAUGCUUUUCCUCCUCUUCCGUUGAUUUGGUCCACUCUACAGCGGGUUCUCAGAGAGGGCCACAGACUCUUGCUGGUGGCUGCGUCCUGGCCCGCGCGUCCAUGGUUCCCAUUGGGAACAAGACUGACUGGACUCGCUGAUCCUGUCAGGCAUGCCAUUUUGUCUGCCAGGGCACCUUCUACCCAGCAGCUAUAUGACAACAAGUGA